AUGGCAGCAGCGGGAAGAAUAGCAUUUGAGCCUGUUAGCGAUGCACAUUUGAACAGCCCCGUAAGGUCAAGUUACAGAAUGCCGAAAAAAAGUCCAUUGAUUCAUACACCUAGGCGUCUUCAGACAAUGAUUAAAAGGGCAAAUAGUUGUGUAUUGGACCUGAGAUCUGGCACGUUAACCAGAUCUCCAUUGGCACCAAAUAGUAAAGCAGCAUCUUUGGCGGCCACUAAAUUGAAAUUGAAGCUUCAAUUUGCCCUAUACAAAGUUCGGCAGACAGAUACUAACGAUUUCAAUGGAAGAAAGCAUCACAUAGUGGAAGCCAAUGAGAUACCAGUCUCCGCUGAAACGUCCACCGGUACUAAGCUUGAAAACAAGUCGCUGUCUACGCCCUUAAUUUCAGCGUCAAGUGGCACUCAGCUUCCUACUCCUCCAUCUAUUAAAUACGCUUCAUCAGCCAAUAUAAACCUCAAGACAAAGAUAAACAGUAAAGAAAGCGGAAAACCAACUUUGUCAAAUAUCGCAUUUAAAAAACAAGCCAACCGUAAUAAAAACAAAGUCACUAAGUUAAGAUUAUUCCAAAUAAAGAAAAGUUCUAUUUUUUACAAUCCUCAUGAUAAUACCACAAUAAGAGGUGGACUUGGAUCAUCAUACAGACCAAAUGACACUGCUAGCUUCAAAAAAACUUCCUCGGCACCACCAGCGGUAUCAACCAUUUCAUCAUUUGACGGCAGAAACACAUCAUCAUUGGUGAUUAACAAGAUAAACCUUCCUCGUCCAGAAUUGAAUACUCACUCGCUCAAAAACACAAAUCUUCCUUCAAUUAAUAAAAUAUUAAAGACUCCCAUUAAGAAUUGUUCAACGAGAAGCCUCAUUAGUUGUAGUAUGGAUGACACGAUUGAUGAAGAUGAAUCGACUAUCCUCGAAACUAGUAAUGCUACUGUUUUGAGGAAAUCAAACGACACUUCUAGUGAUUCAAAUGAUGACAACAGUGGUGCUACCAAUUCUGCUACUACUACUACUACUACUAAUAAUAAUAAUAUUAAUAAUCAUAACGAUACCACAAUAUUGACAUCAUCUCCACUAGCCAAUAACUUUGGAACCCCUAAUAGUUUUAGUGUGGCUAAAUCAUUGUUGAGGCUCGGGGGAUAUAAUUAUUAG